AUGUUGGUAGCACUGUUGGCUGUGGUCAUGUUGGCCGCCAGCACCAAUGCUGCUGCAGUAGAUUGCUCAAAAGUCUUGUGCCCAUACAUUGAGGCCGACAAGUGUAAUGCUGACCCAUCCACCAUCUACGUUCCAGCCAACCCACCAACCAAGUGCUGUGCCACCUGUGAGGAGAACCCAUGCAAGGCUGUGCUCUGCCAAUUCGUCGAUCCAAAGAAGUGCAGUGCCAUUGGCAACAUCUACGUGCCCGCCAACCCACCCUCAAAGUGCUGCGCCACCUGUGUCAAGCCAUGCGCUGACGCCCUCUGCCCAUUUGUCGACGAGAAGAAGUGUGUUGACUCUGGCAACGUCUACUCGCCAGCCAACCCACCAACCAAGUGCUGCCCAACCUGUGACAAGCCAGUGAACCCAUGCAAGGGCAUCCUCUGUCCAAUUGUCGACGAGAAGAAGUGCAAUGACCAAGGCUUCACCUUCUCCCCAGCCAACCCACCCACCAAGUGCUGUGACACUUGCGAGAACCCAUGCAAGGGCAUCAAGUGCCUCUACGUUGACGAGAAGAACUGCACUGCUGCCGGUAACAUCUACGCCCCAGCUGCCCCACCAAAGAAGUGCUGCCCAUCGUGUGACAACCCCUGCAAGCAGAUCGCCUGUCCUAUUGUUGACGAGAAGAAGUGCAAUGACCAAGGCUUCACCUUCUCCCCAGCCAACCCACCAAAGAAGUGCUGUCCAACCUGUGACGACCCAUGCAAGGGCAUCGCCUGUCCACUCGUUGACGAGAGGAAGUGCAUUGACCAAGGCUUCACCUUUGCCCCAGCCGCUCCACCCAAGAAGUGCUGCCCAACAUGUGACAACCCCUGCGACACCGUCCGUUGUGCCUACGUCGACGAGAGAAACUGCACUGCCUCUGGCCUCAACUACUCGCCUGCCAACCCACCAUCAAAGUGCUGCCCAACAUGUGAGGACCCAUGCUUCGGCACCGAAUGUCCAUUUAUUACCGAGAAGAUGUGUCUCGACCAUGGUCUGGCCUUCAUGCCCGCCAACCCACCAUCACUUUGCUGCGCCAUCUGUUACAACCCAUGCAAGGGAGUCCCAUGCCCAGUUGUUGACGAGAGGAACUGCACUCUUGCUGGAAACCUCUACUCUCCACCCGCCCCACCAAAGAAGUGCUGCGCAUCAUGUGACAACCCAUGCAAGGUGCUGCCCAUCAUGUGA